ACAUCGACGCGGCGGCGUGUGAGCGUCCGUGACGGUCCGUGAUGUGAUGCGUUGUUUGUAGCGAUUUUCCGUAAUUUUCAUACACUGCUAAUUUAAAUGUAAAGACACAGUCUGUGGAACAUACUUCUAAAACUUAUGUAAGCAGAGCCGUAAAGGAUAAGACCACACAAUGGUGAAACUAACAACGGAGCUGAUUCAGAAUUCUAUGCAAUACAUGAACCCUUGCAAAGACCGCGAAUUGGAUUUGAGAGGUUACAAAAUCACUCAGAUUGAAAAUUUGGGCGCUACCUUAGAUCAAUUUGAUACCAUUGAUUUCUCAGACAAUGAUAUCAGAAAAUUAGAUGGAUUUCCUCUUCUGAAAAGGCUCAAGUGCCUGUUGUUGAACAAUAACAGAAUUGUGAGAAUUUCUGAUGGUCUAGAACAAUAUUUACCCAAUUUAGAAUCCAUGAUAUUGACCAACAAUAAUAUCACAGAGCUUGGUGAUUUGGAUGUCCUUUCAACUUUACCAAAAUUGAAGACCCUCUCCCUUAUGCACAAUCCUGUAGCUAACAAGCAACAUUACAGAGCGUAUGUUGCAUACAAAUUACCAGAAUUAAGAUUAUUGGACUUCCGAAAGAUCAAACAAAAGGAAAGAGAUGAGGCCAACACUCUGUUCAAGAGCAAGAAAGGGAAAGAGAUGCAGAAAGAGAUCACCAGGAAAGCAAAGACAUUUGUUCCUGGAGGAAACAUGCCUGAUGCCAAAGUUACUAAUCUCACACCCCAAGAAAUCCACAAAAUUAGAGAGGCCAUCAAAAAUGCUUCGUCACUGCAUGAGGUGGAGAGGCUAACAAGGAUGUUGCAGGCGGGCCAGAUUCCUGGACAGAAACCUUUACAACCACAAACCCAAGCCAGCAAUGGACAACAAGAAGAAGAGGAGGAGAUGGAAACCGAUGCAAACGGCCAGUGAAUGCGAUCUUUGAUCGAUUAGAAGAAUAAGAUUUUCUUUUUAUUUUAAAAAUGUAAGGAAAGAACAGAUAUCAUAAGAAAUGAUUACAAUAUCUCAUUGUUUUGAGCUGGUAAGAACAGAAUGGUACAUAUUGGUAUUUUGCUUGUAAGGUGGAUACUACACUUAGUUUAUUAACUGAAAAGACAGAUUGAACAGGAUCUUACUCAAUUAUAGAGAAGUAAUUUAACUUCAGAGUAUUACAUGGGAAGAACACAUACUACAAAAUCAUGAAUGUUACAUUUCUUUCUUGCAAUAAAACUAUAUUCCUUAA